AUGAAGCACGCGGACCUGCAUUUUCUAAUUGGAAUUAUUCUUUCUCCUGCGGUAAGUAUUCCCCAGUGCUUCAGUCCUCAGCAUCUCUGGUUAGGGCUUGGAGAGACGCCUGUCCAAUCAGAACCCGGGAGAGCUGCUAUUAGUCAGUGUAGACCACGGGUCUGCAACCUUUAAGACAAAAAGAGCCACUUGGACCGAAGAAAAAAAAACUGGGAGCCGCAAAACCAUUGUGACAUUUAAAACAGUGGGGAGUGUUGGGGCACACAAUGCGCCUCCUCCCCUCGCUAGUAUCCGCCCCGGAGCCGCGACAAAGGUGUAAAAGAGCCACAUGCGGCUCUGGAGCCGCGGGUUGCUGACCCCUGGUGCAGACAAUACCUGAGCUACGUGGCAGCUUCCUCUGCGAUUCCUAUAUGUCCUAAUGAUCAAGCAAGGGGAAGUGGGUGGCACUGUGGUCUAAACUUUGGGUAGGCAAACUAAGGCCCGGGGGCCGGAUCUGGACCAAUCGCCUUCUAAAUACGGCCCACGGACAGUCCAGGAAUCAGUGUAUUUUUACAUGAGUAGAAUGUAUCCUUUUAUUUAAAAGGGUUUUUUUGUGGGGCAUAGGAAUGCAUUCAUUUUUUUCCUUUCCAAAAUAUAGUCCGGCCCCCCACAAGGUCUGAGGGACAAUGGACCGGCCCCCUGCUGAAAAAGUUUGCUGAUCCCUGGUAAACCAUUGAGCCUCUUAUGCUUGUCGAUCGGAAGGUUGGUUGUUCGAAUCCCCGCGACGGGGUGAGCUCCCGUUGCUCUGUCCCUGCUCCUGCCAAGCUAGCAGUUCGAAAGCACACCAGUGCAAGUAGAUAAAUAGGUACCGCUGUGGCGGGAAGGCAAACGACGUUUCCAUGCGCUCUGGUUUCUGUCACGGUGUUCCGUUGCGCCAGAAGCGGUUUAGUCCUGCUGGCCACAUGACCCGGAAAGCUGUCUGUGGACAAACAGCAGCUCCCUCGGCCUGAGAGCGAGAUGAGCGCCGCAACCCCAUAGUUGCCUUUGACAGGACUUAACCAUCCAGGAGUCCUUUACCUUUACUGAUCAAGCAUUGGAGCAAGGGCUGGAGAUGCUUCAGUUCAAAGCCUGUAGCAUGGUUACUUGCAAGUAGGACUCUGAGAUGGGUGAUUGGACGUUAUGCCAGGAGUGCUGAAACUUUUUUUCUCUGAGCCACACUUUCAGAAUAAAAAUUUGCUCGCGCCAUACUGAUUUUUUUUAUCGACCUGUCAAUAAACCUCACUGAUUAUUUUAUUGUCCUCUUGACAACAGGACAGCAUCUUCCUGAGGGCAGCAGACUCACUUAGGGGGUGCAGGCAGGCCACAAGGUACAUGUGCCCACCUCCUCCAGCAUUUACUGGCUAUGGGUUCUGCUUCACACUGUCUAAUGGUAGGGCCAGUGUUGGUAGGAAAUCGUUAAAAGUCCUUAACAGGAGCAGCAGGCUACGCUGUUAUUAAUUAGAUGAUUAAUAAGAUUAUUAAUAAGAUGAUAAUGUAUACAGUCGUACCUCGGAUCUCAAACGCCUUGGCUCCUGAACAAAUUGGCUCCCGAAUGAUCUAAACUUGGAAGAGAGUGUUCCAGUUUUCGAACGAUUUUUGGAAGCCAAAUGUCUGAUGGGCCUUCUGCGGCUUCUGAUUGGCUGCAGGAGCUUCCUGCAGCCAAUCAGAAGCCAUGCUUGGGUUUCUGAACAUUUUGGAAGUUGAACGGACUUCCGGAACGGAUUCUGUUUGACUUCCAAGGUACGACUGUACCUGCAAGAAAGGGGUCUUCCUUUGGAAAUGAAAAAUUAGCUACAGGUUUUUUGUUUUUGCUUAUUGAACUUCUCUGAGAAAGGGAAGAUCCAGAUUAAAUGGAUUAAAAGACACACCAAAGAGCCUUAUCUCCUUACAUUUAAUUGGUAAAAAAAAAUAGCUCAGCCAUGUGCAUCAGAUAUUUCAAAAUCCCUUGGGCAGGAUGGAUACCCUUAAUUAGAGCUUUUUUCCAGCUGGAACUCUAUUCUGACCGCUCUUUUUUCUAGAAAAAUAGCACUGUCCCUAAUGAUCGCCACAUAUUGACAUCUUGCAAUAAAUUUGUGAUUAUAUAUUCUGUUUCUGUUUCUUGGGCAGAUUGUGGCAGCCUAUCCCAUUUCAAACUACAGGGCUCACUAUGCAAAACUGGUAAGUGCAAAGUUCAGCAGCAGCUGCUGUUGUGUUAAAAUUAAUACGCACUUUAAUUAGAAUUGAAAUUUUAAUUAAAAUUAAUUGAUCGAGCAAUUAAAUACAUUAAAAUUCAAUUUUAAUUCACAAUUAAAUUAACUUUUAAUUAACAUUAAUGAAUAUGCACUUUAACUCCCUUAACGAAACAUGGAGGUCAACAUCAAAAGAGAUGUUGUGAAACAUGUUUCAAGUAUAAUUACACUUCAUCAAGGGAAACAGUACCUCUUAUAAUAUCCUAAUUAUACACAAGAUAAACUGGAUAGCAAAAAAAUUAUCUUUCUUUGAUCCAUUCAAGCUUUUUCCGCCUCCCAUACUGGCCAGACCAUUGUCCGUAGCUGACAAUUUACAGAUUUGAAAAUACAGUAAGGGACCAGCAGCCUCAAAAAUAAGGGAUCAGCAGCCAAAAUAAGGGAUUUUCCAAGCACAGGUAUGUUCAACUUCUGAGCCCCUCCAAGCCAAAGGCAGAAAGCCCAGACAGCAGCCAAACAAAGCCUCAAGCGGUGGUUCCCACAGCGCAGCAACCCUACAAAGGGGAUGCAGCAAGGAAAACCACCGUCACCUCUCCGCUGGGAAGCGCUGAGCAAAGGCGAGUCCCCAGGCAACGCGGCCGAUUUGAUCGGCACAAGGCAUGCAAGCUCCACCCCCCAGUCAUUCUUAGACUCCUUAUUGGGUGAGCAACGCAGCCAAGCAACCCAGUUGGAGCCUCCCUCCUCCCUGGCCGGCAGGGAGGGAGGGAGAGGAGCUGCUUCCUUUGAAACCCGGGAAAUUUAAGGGACAUCAUCAAUAAGGGACAGCAGCGGGACACAGCGCUGGGAUAAGGGACUUUCCUGCCAAAUAAGGGACAGUUGACAGCUAUGCAUUGUCAUUCAGGAGGACUGCCUCCCUUCAGCAAUAAAGAAGCGAAAUGAUGUAUAGCCCAUUAACUCCAGAGCUUUAAAACUAUGCAAAAUAUUGCUUCCCUUCUGAAGGCAGCCACUGGCUGCUUUUAAAGGGACUUUAAAGCACCACUGUGAACUGCUGUGUAAGGAAAUAUGAAUUAAAACCAGUGCCACUCUGAAAACAAGUCCAGAAAUAGAGUGUGUGUGUUGCAAAAAAACUGCAGAUAAUCACAAAGACAUUAUUUUUACAUGUGCGCCUAGUACAUAGAAACAUCUGUAUGUUUAAAGGGGCUUCAGGCUGUAGACACCUGUUAAUUCCCCUCCGACCUGCAAAUGUAAGCAAAUAAAAGAAUGUGAUUUGGUAAAAGACAUAUAUUUUGUUAGCUGAUGUAGACUGUCAUAUUAAAAGGUAAAACUACCUCUUUUCUUUUUUAAAUGAAUUUUAUUUUUCUAUUUUCCCAUAAUAUUUUGACAUAGAUACAAUCCAAUAUUUUCCACAAAAAUAUAACGUGGGUUGGCGGGGUUGGGGGGGACGUUAUUGGGUUGUUGUUUUGAUUAUAUACGGGAUAUAGGGUGGUAUAUUAAUAAUAAUAAUAAUAAUAAUAAUAAUAAUAAUAAUGUAUUUUUAAUCUUUGUUGGAAGCUGCCCAGAGUGGCUGGGGAAACCCAGCCAGAUGGGUGGGGUAAAAAUAAUAAAAAAUUAUUAUUAUUAUUAUUAAUUUGACUCCCCACUCCUUUUGCGGUUUCUUAUAUUUUUUAAAUUUAUAACACUGAAUCUCCUUCAUUACUCCAAUUACUCCCUAGUUAGCUUUUAACCUUAAUUUUAACUGUUUGGUUUAAGUUAAUCCUGCUAGUGAUCCUAUAUGUGUACAAUAACAUUUCAGAUAGCCCACGAAUUCCCCCCCGUCUUUUCUAAAGUUCCUCCCCCUCUUGUUUCCUUAUUGCUCCUGUAGGUUUUGCCAAAAACUACCUCUUUUUUGCGGUGGCUCUCAGUUUGUGGAAUAUUCUACCCACGGAGUCUUGCCUUGGGAAGUUGUUGGCUAGUUUUAUCCUUGUUUUUAUUAUGUAUUUCUUCUUUUUAUCUUGCAUUUUUCUGCUGCGAACUGCCUUGAUGUCUUCGGAUGAAGGGCGGGAAUGCAAAUUUAAGAAAUGAAUAAAAGCUAAAUAUAUAGAUUUUUUGAUGUCAGCAGCCUAGGGCCCUCAAAAGACCUCCGUUUAAACAUGUACAUAUGAAAAUAACCUUUCCUUCCCUUGUCCUUCAACAGGUCUCAAGAGUCAACAGCUACAAACCUUUCCCGCAGCAGGUAUAAUGAAUCUCUUACACCAAUCGCUGCUAGUUUGGAAUGAAAGCAAAUUGGAAUUUUGCAAUGUAAUCCGAGAUACUGCUCAGAUCAUACCUACAGAACCGUUUUACCGAUAAGCCUGCCCGUCUCUUCCACCAGUUACUGUUUUCUGUUUGGGUUUUAACUGUUUUGGCUAUAUAUUAUACCUCCCUCACCCUGAGAGAGGUGUGUGUGGAAAUGAUGCAUAAAUACAUAAAAUAAUAAAUUACACACAAAAUACAAGCGGCGGUGGGGAAAUAAAGAAGCAUUUUGGUCUGUUUAGGAAGUGGUAGGUGCAAAUACCCCCUUGGGGUAUAGACACCGAAAACGGAGACAGUAUUAGCAGGACAGAAAAAGGAAAUAAGGUUGACCAGUAUUUUAUGUUUCCCUUUUCUUCUGCUUUCCCACAGGUGAUGCUGCCGCAACAGCUUUGCGUAAGUGUUUGCUAAUCUCCAAACUCCCCCCAGAAAAGCCGCCCAGCCCUUUCCUAAAAAUUAAAAGUUUGCUCCUAUCUUAGAGUUGAAGCCAAUGUUCAUUAAAUACCGUAUUUUUCUCUCUAUAAGACGCACCAGACCACAAGACGCACCUGGUUUUUGGAGGAGGAAAACAAGAAAAAAAAUAUUCUGAAUCUCAGAAGCCAGAACAGCAAGAGGGAUCGCUGCGCAGUGAAAGCAGCAAUCCCUCUUGCUGUUCUGGCUUCUGGGAUAGCUGCGCAGCCUGCAUUCGCUCCAUAAGACGCACACACAUUUCCCCUUACUUUUUAGGAGGGGAAAAGUGAGUCUUAUAGAGCAAAAAAUACGGUACUGCUCACUUGCUCGGGGCAGCAAUCGGAGAGCACCGAUGUUUCUUUCCCAAACUCACGGGAGGGAAAAUGAGGGCUAGUACCUUGUUUUGCAGAUUUUAGACGUCAUGCCAGAUCCAUCUGGAGAAGGCGGCAUGAAUCCUGACUUUUCUGUUCCUCUGUCUCUCCCCUACAGAGUGGAGCUCGCCUGCCUUUUGCAGACAGCAGUGACAGCAGCGGUGGCCUAGGCUACCGGGCAAGUCGCUGCACGUUCCCGAGACUGGUAAUUUACCCGUAA